AUGGUUUCACACAGCUUCAUGGUGACGAACAGUCGCAGACGGGUCCAAGCCCAACCCUCUCGCCGUCCAAAGGUGACCCUCAGCAAGGAGGCUCGUGCAGCCAUAACUGCCCAACAUCACAAUAAAUCCCAUCAGUUUAGGGUAGCUCUUCACAAUGCUUGGGAUGAGCUCAAUGAGACUAUGAAGACCAUUGCGUCCUCGCACCAUAAGAGUUUCCGUCGUGUCCAGAACGACUUAUGCAUGGGCUGUGGGAUGUUACACUACCAACACUCUAAGUUGAGCGCAUGGAACACGUUCUGCUGGAAGAAGCGUCAUGAAGACAAGGAAAAUGGGGCCACAGGAAAGGCUGUAUUGCAAGAUCUCAUUAGGGAUGAGAACCAUGAUGAAUAUCACAACCUCACAGACGAUGAGAAGGCACAGCUUUUGCAGGAGUACCGUGAACACAAGGAGACGAAGACUACUGGCAUCUGUAUCUCGACAAAAUCAAAAGUCAACGAUGUAACGCAGACACUCAAGGCUGUCGAGAAUGAGCUCAAGAACUUACGGACACGUACAGGUGCCGAGAGUAUCCUCUACACCACACGUGGCUCUAUGGAUCUCCCCCUCUGUGGUAUCGCUUUUGCAACUGAAGGUGUCCAUGAGUUCAUGGGCUUGGUGAUAAAUAUUGAUGACCAGGACCUUGUGAGUAAGAUGGAGGGGUUUGCUGUCCAGGGGAUGAAAGGUGCUGCGAGGAACCACCAAAAAUGCACAUCAGAUAUUCGGAGCGCAAUUUGCCAGGAAAUCAACAAGACACUUCAUAAAUACUCUACAUUUGAAGUGUUUUUUUAUGCACACUACUGGCGGAAUAUUGUCCAGCGCUACCUUGUCGUCAUCAAAGGUUGGCCUGAAAACAUACCUUUUGUCAACCUUAGCACAGUAUCCAGCGCCCUACCUGAUUUGGAGAUGCUUUUGGACAAAUGGGAGACUGGAGAAAUCCAUUGGAAGCAUCUGGACGAAGACAAGUAUGAGAAACUUUGUCAAGAACACCGUGAGAAGGUUAGCAGCGGCCAGGUCAUUGAAAAACACUGCCAGACUCGCUCUGACAAGGGAAAGAAAUGCGAUCAGCCUUCGAACCACUCUAGUCACUGCAGGAAGACAUAUAAGAGCGCCCAAACCGUUAUAAGUGAUGACGAGUCAGACAUCCCUGACAAUACAGCCUCCUGCAAGCAUAAGCCUGCUGGCACCCCCGAGCUCACGUCAUCCACUCCUCCCACUUCGUCGUUCUUCAAUGGUGAUAUGUUUGGCAUGGACUUCUUGCCUGCAAAUAGUCCUGGCGCUGGUACAUCUGUUGACAUGAGGUCCGAAUUUAAUUUUGAUGGUAUCUCAGGUAUGCUAGACUUCAUAAACUUUGAAUAG